AUGUGCAUGCGCGCCGCGCUGCGCCGCCCGCCCGUGAACUCCGCCCACUCGUCGAACAUCAUCUGCACGUCCUCGUCGUCCAGCAUGUCCACCCAGACCGAGGGGUCCGACGGCAGCUUGUACUUGAGCACGGGGGCGCGGUGCGGGGCGCCGCCGGCCUCGCCGCCGCUGCGCCCCGCGCCGUUAUCGGCCGAGGCGCCCGAGGUGCGGGUCACGCGCGCCAAGGUCUCGCGCAGCGUGGACAGGUCGCAGCCGACCGGGACGGUGACCAGCCGCGUCUCGCCGCCGGAGUAG